AUGCAGGUUGAAGAGCACAAGUUCACCAAGCAGGCCCAAACACAAAGUUACGUGUCGCUUCCAUCGUUCUCGAUAUCGGGGGCUCUAAGAGCCUUUUAUGAGUGGCAACAUUGCCAACCUGAGCACGACAUUAACCUGCUUUACUCCAGUGCAGCCUUUAGCCUCAUGCAGAUCACACAAGAGAUGUUUAGCGAAGGCUCCCUAUACGGCGAGAUGCAGUGCUUGAACGAAGCCAUCAAUGGGCAGGACGCGACAACAUCUUACAGUACAGCGCUACGAAACUUAAUUCGCAGCUUGAGCCACGGAGAGCACAGAUCAGCCGAUGAGACCAUUGCUAGAGUUGUGUUGCUGGCUCUGCAGGCAAGCAUAUCGAAUUUUCAUGGACCAGAGUUCUGGAUCCACAUGCGCGGGUUGUCUGGUGUCGUUCAUGAUCGCGGGUCCUGCAAUCUGAAGACUCCUAAAGCGCAGCUUUUGAUACGAGCAUGCCGUACUGGUCUACUUUACACCCAGAUGUUCGAUCCACAAAUACCACUAGCCGAGAAUAGAGUAUGGCGUCACGGUCUCAACAUCGAGGCUGAGUACACCGAUAUGGAUACGCUUGUCGGUUUCAUGGCCUCCAUCUCGAUUCUGAUGAGGAGAGCGGCGGUAUGUCGAUCGAAGCAAGAGGGCGUAUGCGUCACCACAGAAGCCCGCCAGGUGGUCACGCAAAUGACUCUUUGGUACGCAAAAGCCGGCGAUCGAAUCAGCUGGUCAGUAUGCAAGCAAAUAGGAAAUAACGUCAAGUGUCCCCUUGACUCCUUUCUGAGCUUUGCAAAUCCAGUGUAUGCCGAGAUUUGUCUGCUAUAUCAUACCAUCCUGUUGGCUUUCGCCGAUUUCAUGGAGUCGCGUACAGGAGUGGUCACAUUCGACCUAGCCAGGUGCCCACCAUGUUUUGACGCCUUCACUCUGGCUUACAAUGUUACUCGGAUGGUACCAUACUUCCUUGCGGGAGGGAUCCUGGGAUAUUUCACGGUAAACUUCCCUGUGAGGUUCGCUCUACGUUCCUUCAAUCGUCUCGAAGCGGUGGAAUACAGGCAGUGGCUGUUGAAUGUCAUCAAGACAUCCCGUCUGGCUUCCCUUGAUACAAGGGACUUUUUCUCCGAGCGUCCACAGUGCUGA